UUGAGCCCAUGGUUUCUUUACUGAUAGAGACAUGAUGGAGGAGAGAUGGGAGUGAAGCGAGAGAUCGAAUUGAAGCAUCCAAUUUGUUUGAAUUCAUGGAGGAUUCCCCUUCUGGCGGCAUGACGGUAGCUGAAUGCCAGGAUUUUAUCCGGAAGAGUUUCCAAAAUCCAACCGUCAAAUUUCUGAAAGAGAAUUUGGAGAAAUCUGGAUGCAGAAUCGGGACCAAUUUCAUUAAGGCCGUUCAUUGCCAAGGAAGAUUAACUAGCCGAUUCGCCAGAGGAUUUGGGAUUCAAGUAUGCAGCAAUAACUUGCGAUGUGAAGAUGAGGUGGUGCAAGUCGUGAUUCAUGAGCUAGUUCGUGCAUAUGAUGAGUGCCGUGCUGCUAAUCUCGACUGGACUAACUGCACUCAUCAUGCCUGCAAUGAGAUUCGAGCAAAUCAUCUCAGUGGUUAUUGCCAUUUGAAACGAGAGCUUCUUCGUGGUCAUUUCAACAUAAAGGGUCAUGAGCAAGAAUGUGUAUGGCGAAGAGCAAUCAAAGCUGUGAUUGGAAAUCCGUACUGCUCGGAGAUAGAAGCUGAGGAUGCAAUGAAAUCUGUGUGGAGUAGUUGUUAUAACGACACAGCACCCUUCGACAGAGCUCCUUGACUUGAGAGACCCAACCUCAAACAUUACUGCUUCAUGGUAUCUCACUUCUCUUGCUACGAAAUUAGCCUGUUUUUGGGACUUAAGUAGUACUCCCUCCGUCCCAUAGUAGAUGUUACACUUGGGAGAUGACACAGGAUUUUAGGAGAGAAUAUAAAAUUUUAUAAUUAUUGUGAGAAGAAACUUUUUCCAAAAGAAGGAAUGUGACAUCUUUUGUGGGACAAACUAAAAAUGAAAGUGUGACAUCUACUAUGAGAUGGAUGGAGGUAUCAUUGAAUUGUUCUCCCAACCUGCUACUACAAUAUGACACAGUUGUGCUCAAUAUGGAAGUAGGCGCUCAACAUUUUUAUUUACUCUAGUUACUCAAUAAGAGCAAAUGUACUUAUUCA